ACUCACAAAGAUAGCCCGCGACACCCCAGCCCACACCCUGAGUUCGCAACCACGCGCCCACGCGACCCACUGUUGAUCCACAACCAUUGAUAACCGCUGAUCAUGACUCCCACGACAGACUCGUCGCAAUCCUCCCGCCCACCCUCAUCGUCGACGCGUUCUUCAUCGUAUUUCUCAUACCCAGUUUCAUACGCCGUAACUGGCAUCCUACGCCGCCUCACCACCGACACCAAUCCCAAAGAUUCCUCAAGAUCCGAAGGCACAGGCAGUUUCCAGUCACAAAUUCAAUCAACUGCGACAUCACUUUCACACUCGUUCGCCAGCCUUCUCGACACGUCGUCCUCUUCUGCAGAUAUGCAUUCCGUCUUCCAGUCUCCACAACGGACACUCAGUCCAUUCCAACCGCCACCACUCACACCACUCACGCUGCAGGGAUAUGGAAGUGGGAUGCGCGAGAAGGGCAAGCUCUUGAGCAAGGCACUGGCGGAGGAGAUACGAUUGCUGUUCCCGCCGAGGCUGCAACUUGUGGAUGAAUGGUCGUUGAUAUAUAGCUUGGAGCAAAACGGAGUUAGUCUGGGGACACUAUACCAGAAUAGCGAGGAGUACCGAGGGAAGAGGGGGGGUUUUGUGUUGGUCGUGAAGGAUGGUGGUGGUGGAGUCUUCGGUGCAUACCUCUCUGACGCCCCACGGCCCUCCUCACAUUUCUUCGGCAACGGCGAAUGCUUUCUUUGGCGAGCACACAUCCUCACAUCCUUCCCAGAUUUUGCGAACCUCCCACCGCCACCCUCAGCAGAUACAACAAAUGCUGUUCGAAUGACAACCGUAGCGUCACCAAAAGCCAAAUCAGACAAACUGUCAGCAAUACGAUCAGGCCAGACGAGUAGAAGUGGAGCAAGCACGCCAGACAGGAUAAGAUUUAAGGCGUUUCCAUACAGUGGGGUGAACGACUACAUGAUCUUCUGUGAGCAGGGGUUCUUGAGCGUUGGUGGAGGGUAAGAUUAGGACGAUUCAUUUGUGGGAUCGAUUUGGGACUGACAAUGUUGCAGGGACGGACACUAUGGCCUCUGGCUCGACGACAAUCUGGAGAACGGCGUGUCAGACACGUGCUUGACAUUUGGCAAUGAGCCUCUCAGCGAC